UCUGGAGUAAUGCAGCCACACUGUAACCAAAUAAAGACAAAAAUGCAUACAAAUGUAAUAUUGUCAAUAUUGUUCCUUUUGGGUAUGUGUGCGACAGAAGCUCAUGGAGAGCUGUCUGGCCUGUUAGGCGCUCUGCAAUACCUGGGUCUCAAUUUCCAGUCAAACCGAUCAGGCUCCGUACCCUUGGGCAAUGUUUCCAAUGGCCAUUGUCCUUACAGUUUUGAGUCGUACGCAUUAAUGCAGGAACGUCGCAUCUGUGUGCCCGAUGAUGAGCAUAUAAUGCAUCUGACAGAACAGCCGCAACCACGCAAACCGCCAAUUUUAAUCAAAUGCCUGCAGCCGGAUCCAGUGCAGGAAACUGGCAAUGGAAGCAUAGUUACCCCAAAACUGCUUGUGAUGCAAAGUGCCAAGGAGAUUAUCAAUCUCCUAAAGCCAAUUGGUAAUGCAACCAAACGCCAUGAGCCUGGCAGUUGCGUUUUAGUGCACUUCUGUACGGUCACUAGCCUCGAGUGCGCUCGGGUGGCGAACAUAGUGAAUCUGUUGCCGCAUUUGUUACCCACACUGCCGGUAGCCUAUAUUGACGCGUAUGAGUUUACGCGUUUCAAUGCAGAGUUUGGCAUCGUUGCACUGCCAACUCUGAUGAUAUUCCACCAGGGAAGACCGCUCAUCAAAUACGAAUCGCCCAACACCGACAAAGUCAGCAUACGCGGCUUUGUAACGCGGCACACAAACAUAAAGAAGACUGUCGACCCAAACAGCUUGAACCCCAUGAUCCGUAAGACAAUGCAAUGGGGACCACUUCCAUUGGUGCCAACGCAGAAGACAGAUUUCUACCUAAUCCUGGCCUGGGCGUUCAUACUGCUCUGCCUGGCCAACUAUGUCCGACGCACUCUUUUUUGGAAGCAGCUCGUGGAAAUGGUUCAACGCAAUUGGCGUGAAUCAGAAGAAACGCAAAUGGAGAUGAUUGACUAAACUAGGCUCUAGACCCGAAGUUAGGCAAUUUCUAAUUAAGCAGUUGUAUAUAUUGUUUACGCUUUAAAUUUACUAUGUAUGUAUUUUCGUUUAAUUAAAUUCACAAACAUUUACUUAUGUCUUAAUAAUAUUGUUUAUUUUUAUAUAGUUUAGGAGGCGGCUUCUUGAUUUUAGUCGCUGCAAAGUUAAGCUUACACGCUAUUAAGAAAAACUAAAAUCUUGAGAAUAUUUCAAAAACGUUUUAACUUAGUUUUUUUUUUACCUUUUUAAACAACUAAAAAUUUUUAUUAACAUUAUAAGUGUGUAUUGGUGGAUGUGUGUAGCUCCGUGUGUAUAUUGUGGACGCGUGUAUUGUAGGGAUGUGUGAGUGUUUGCGUGUGUACGUUUGCAAGUGUGGAGUUGUGAACAGAUGCCCUACGGCGUGCAACUAUCGAUAUCAAAGGGUUAUCGCAGAUUCGCGCACUUUCCAUGUCAAAGUAUAAAAGGAUAUUUUAUACAAGGACACGCGUGUCGCUACAAAGCUUUGGGAAAUUGUCAUGGAUUUCGGGCUCUAUCAAGCCAAAAAUCCCAUAUAUAAAAAUAAAAAGAGCG